GUACGGUAAUUACCGUAUAUGUACGGUAAAUUGAUGCCAAAUACGGUAUACGGUCCGAAUGGGCUACCGUACGCCGAAAUACGGUAAUUUCAAUUGCGAUUUUUCUAAUGCAUCUCAAUGUAUUCUAUUCAAGACAAACCCUUAAAAAUGUAAUUCAUUAACUAGUGCCAUCUCGUAGCGAGACCCAGAACUAGAAAAAUGCUCGGCAAGCUUAUCUGUAACGUAUAUUUUGUAAAGUUAUAUUACCUUUUCCUCAAUUAUAUUUUACCGAAAAUAUCAAAUUUGAAUCAAAAUUUUCAGUCAGAUAAGGUAGUACUGCCGUAUUUGCAUAAAAUGAUGGAGGAAGCUUAUAGAAAUUUUCUAUUAUGCUACAUGGAAAGACAAUACGUAACAAAAACUGCAAUAUCUGAAAUAGAUCCGUCUAACAAAACUUGGUUUUUACCAAAGAAAAAUGUUGAUAAAGAAAAAAAAAUAGACAUCAACGAGGACAUUGACAUAUUCUGGGGAAAACUCCAAAAAUAUACAAAUGAAAUGGGUGUAUUUGAAUUCCAGAAUUUGUCACAGUUCGUACUGAAUAUAUUAUCCCUUCCGCACUCAAAUGCUGAAUGCGAAAGAGUCUUCAGUAAAAUAAACUUGGUUAAAACAAAAUCAAGAAAUAAGUUAAUAACUAAUACAAUCAAUGGUUGUUUAUUAACGUCUCAGUGUGUGAAAAAAGAUGGUAACUGCGUAGAUUUUACACCUACUCAGAAUAUUUCUAGUAUCGAAGUUGAUGAAGAUGAAUUUGUCAUAGACGGUUGAAAUAUAAAUUUUU